UCAAUGUAUACAUUCUGCAAGUAUUAGUAUAUAAUACAAAAAUAAUAAUUAUUUGUAUAUCAUCCAUCCAUCCAUCUGAUCACAUCUGAUCACAAUUCACAAACAGACUGGAUGAGAGCUGGAAAGGUGAAUCAUCAUCAUCAUUAUAAUUGAGGUGCAUUGAGAUUUGAGGUAUAGAGUAUAGACAUUUGGACAUUUGGCGGUGACGGCCGCAAUGAUCGUUUUGCGUGGUCAAAAAAUACCAAAUAAUUAUACUGAAAUAUCAUCAGUUAUCAUAAAAACAUACAGAGAAACAAAGGUACACAACGAGGAGGAUUAUUGUGCGUCGCAAACAAGACGAUUGGCCCUCAAUCGAGGAGUCAUUUGUGAUCAACUUUAAGACAGACACAAUACUAACCUACAAAAAUGAAGAUUGAUCGUAGCAGACUUAAAAAAUGCACCUCAGAAGUGCCUGCCGAGUGUCAAGCACUUAUAAGCAAAUUAAGAUCUUGCUCACCAAGUGAAUUACUUGAUGAGCUAAAACAAAUUGAUGCCUGGACAUUUGGAAAAUGUGAACUAUUUCAUUGGAUUGAUGUACUUGAUUUGAGUGACAGUAUUUUGGAGGAAGCAUGUACACGUAGUCCAGAUAAUAGUUGGGAGCUUGCAUGUGAUUUACCACAAAAUCGUGAAGCCAAAGAAUUACUUCUUUGGGUACUACAUUUUACAACACUUCUCAUUGAGCAUUCAUUCUCCAGACAUUUAUACAACAGUAUGGAACAUCUUGUAACAUUAUUAUCAAGUUGUGAUAUGCAUGUUGUUCUUGGUGUAUUAAAUUUAUUAUACAUGUUUAGUAAACGAAGUAAUUUUAUAACACGUUUAAAUACUGAUAAAAGACAAGCUCUAUUAACACGUCUUAAUCAUUUGGCUGAAAGUUGGGGUGGUAAAGAUAAUGGCUUUGGAUUAGCUGAUUGUUGUAAAGAAUUUCCAAGUAAACCAUUUCCACACAGUGCAACAACACUACAUUUUGAAUAUUAUUCUGAAAAUCCAACAAUAACAACAACAACAACAACAACAGCUGAUACAUCAACAAUAACAUCACCACCAACACCAUCAACGUCAACAGCAACACCAACACCAACACCAACAACAACAACAAAUUCACGUAAAGUUGGACAAACAAAUUAUGUUACAUAUAUACAUAUUGAUAAUGUUGAUAAACUUGGUAAAACACCAGCACAAAUAAUGAAUGAUUUAUUAAAUUAUUAUAAUGUACCACAAGAACGUCAAAUGUCAUUAUUUACACAUGUAAGAUUGGCACAUAGUUUUUCUGAUUAUCGUAGACGUUUACAAUGUGUACAAGCACGUUUACAAGCAUUAUCAGUACUUGUAUAUAGUCAUGCAUUACAAGAAAAUGCUCACAGUUUAUUACAUGCUGGUUUACUUGAAGAAUUAGUUGAAUUACUUGAAUUACCACAUUCUCAUUUAGUUGAAAUACGUGCUGCAGCAUUAAGAGCAUUAACAAGUAUAAUACAUCUUGAUAGAAAUCCACAUUUUCCUAAAAAACCAGGUUCACGUCUUAAUAUGAUUAUUGAUGUUACUGGUGCAAGUUCAUAUCAUGGUUUUUUACCAGUACUUGUACGUACAUGUAUUACAACAUUAACAUCACCAUCAAAAAUUGAUUCUCAACAACAACAACCAUUUCCAUUACCAUUAGCAACAGCAUUAUUUAGUUUUUUAUAUCAUCUUGCAAGUUAUGAAGCUGGUGGUGAGGCACUUGUAAGUUGUGGUAUGAUGGAAAUAUUAUUAAAAGUUAUUAAUUGGCCUGGUAGUGAACUUGAACAUAUAACAUUUGUAACACGUGCUGUACGUGUUAUUGAUUUAAUAACAAAUAUUGAUAUGCAAGGUUUUCAAGCACAUGGUGGUUUAGCUAGUUUUAUUAAUCGUCUUGAAAUGGAAGUUAAUGUUUGUAGAAAAGAACAACCAUUUGAAAUUGAACCACAUAUUUACAAUCAAGAUAUUCCACCACCACCACCUCCACCUUUACCACCACCAUCAUCAUCAUCAUCUGAUGAUAUUAUUGAUAAUAAUAAUCAUGAUCAUGAUGAUGAAGAAGAAGAAGAUGAUGAUGAUGACGACGAUGAUGAUGAUGAUGAUGGUAAUGGUGAUGCUAAUGAAGAUGACGACGAUGAGGAGGAGGAUAAUGAUGAAGACGACGAUGACGAUGAAGAUGAUGAUGAGGAUGAGGAUGAAGAUGAAGAUGAAUUAUUAACAUCUGGUACAUCAUCAAAUAGAUUUAUUAUCAAUGAAUCUGCAAUUGUCGAUGAUACAUCAAAUCCAAUGGAAUUUUCUGAAGAAGAAAAUGAAAAUUUAACACUAGAAUCAUCAACUACAACAACAACUGUUACAUCUACAACAACUACAACAACAGCAACAACAUCAACAACAAUACCAUCAACAUCAACAGUACCAACAUCAUCAUUAACAACACCAACAACAACGAGUAAUGUUGAUAUAACAUGUGCUGCAGCACGUACUGGUAAAACUUGUUUACCACAAAGAGCAGCAUUAUUAAAAUCAAUGCUUAAUUUUUUAAAAAAAGCAAUACAAGAUCCAGCAUUUUCUGAUUCAAUACGUCAUGUUAUGGAGGGUGAAUUGCCAUCAUCAUUAAAACAUAUUAUUAGUAAUUCUGAAUAUUAUGGACCAUCAUUAUUUUUAUUGGCAAUUGAUGUUGUAACUGUUUAUGUAUUUCAAGAACCAUCAUUAUUAUCAUCAUUACAAGAUAAUGGAUUAACUGAUGUUGUAUUACAUGCAUUACUUAUAAAAGAUGUACCAGCAACACGUGAAGUACUUGGUUCAUUACCAAAUGUAUUUAGUGCAUUGUGUUUAAAUCAACGUGGUCUUGAAUCAUUUGUAAAACGUCGUCCAUUUGAACGUCUUGUUAAAGUAUUAAUAUCACCAACAUAUUUAUCAGCAAUGAGACGUCGUAGAAGUGCUGAUCCACUUGGUGAUACAGCAUCAAAUUUAGGUAAUGCUAUGGAUGAAUUAAUGCGUCAUCAACCAAGUUUAAAAGUUGAUGCAACUGCUGCAAUUAUUAAAUUACUUGAAGAAUUAUGUGUACUUGGUUGUGAUACACGUUAUGUUUGUUGGCGUGCAGCAAAUAAAACAGAUGUAUCAUCAUCAUCAUCAUCCUCAUCAUCACCAUCAAAUACCAUUGGUGGUAAUCGUCAAGCUAUUGGUGGUGGUGGUAGUGGUGGUCAACCAAGUGGUGGUAUUGCAACUGGUAGUAGUUUAAAUAAUAAUACAAAUAAUAAUAUUAAUGUUGGUAUUGGUGAUAACAAUGCUAAUAUUGGUGGUGGUGGCAGUGGCAGUGGUGUUAGUGGUAAUAGUGGUAAUAAUAAUAACAACAACAAUAAUAAUACCAAUAAUAGUGCUACUGGCGGUGGAAUUAUUAUUAGUGGUAGUAGUAGUAGUAGUAGUGGUCGAGCAGGAGGUAAUAGUGGCAGUGGUAAUAGUGCAAAUGCAAAUAACAAUAAUAAUAGUAAUAAUAAUACUGGUGGUGGAAGUAGUAGUGAUGAAGAAGAUGAAGAUGAAGAAGAAGCUAGUACAAGUUCACAUCCACAACGUGAAGAACAACCAUCACCAUCAUCAGUACAAACUGGACCACCAAUUCAACAACCGCGUGAAAAAACUCCAAUAGCACUUGUUGAUUAUAUUCAUAAUGUUAUGAAAUUUGUUGAUGCAAUAUUAAGUAAUAAUUCAACAGAUGAUCAUUGUCGUGAAUUUGUUAAUCAAAAAGGACUUGUACCAUUAUUAUCAAUACUUGGUUUACCAAAUUUACCAGUUGAUUAUCCAGUUGCACAAGCAGCUCAAUCAGUUGCAUCUGUAUGUAAAAGUAUUCUUAAUCUUGCACAUGAACCACAAGUAUUGAAAACUGGCUUAAGUCAAUUACUUGAAGUAUUAAAUUUAUUAAAACCACUUCAUAGCCAUAUGGAAUCACCAGGUGGUUCAGUAUUACUUCAUGAAUUGGCAUCAGCACCAAAUUUAGAAACAGCAUUUACAAGUGAUACAGCAACACCAUUAUUACAUGCUAUGAAUGCAGCACAUGGUUAUGUUGUUAUGUUUGUACAUGUUUGUCGAACAAGUCAAAGUGAAAUUAGAAAUUUAUCAAUGAAUCAUUGGGGCUCAGAAUUGGGUCUAAAAGUAUUACAAGGAUUAUCAGAACUUUAUAUGUCACUUGUAUGGGAAAGUACAUUAUUAUUGGCAUUAUGUAGUGAUGAUAGUAUACCAGCUGGUUGUGAUUUUGGUAAAGAAGAUAUGGAUAAAUUAAUACCAUCUGAAUUGAAAGAUGUCAAUGAAAUAAUAAUGACAACUGUUGCUGCAACAACAGAAGCAACAACAGCAACAACUACAAUGACUACAGCCACAACAACAUCAUCAUCAACAACAACAACAACAACAACAACAGCUACAGCUACAGCUACAUCUCAAUCAUCAGCAUCAUCAUCGUCAUCUUCAUCAUCCUCGUCAUCAUCAUCAUCAUCAUCAUCAUCUUCAUCAUCAUCGAUGAUUGAUAUGGGAAGUAAUGGAAUGACAACAGCUAUGGAAGCAUUAAGUACUGAUCCACCACCAGUAUCAAUGGAAAUUGAUGAUAAUACUAAAACAAAUUCUACAACAACAACAACAACAAAUGAAAAUGUUAAUGCAAAUACAAAUACAAAUACAAAUACAAAUAGAACAUCAGCAUCAGCUCAUCAAUUAAAAUAUAUAAAACCAUUAUUAGGUGCAUCAUCAAGACUUGGUCGUGCACUUGCUGAAUUAUUUGGUUUAUUAGUUAAAUUAUGUAUGGGAUCACCAGUAAGACAACGUCGUGGUCAACAAUUACCAAUAAUGCCAACAAUACCAAAUUCAGCAGCUCGUAAUGUUGCUACAUCAUUAAAUAUAUUAUUAACACGUGGUUUAUCAUGGGAUAAAAUUCCACAAUCACCAAUACCAAAAUUUAAAUUAACAUUUUUAAUAUGUUCAGUUGGUUUUACAUCACCAAUGUUAUUUGAUGAAAAACGUUAUCCAUAUCAUUUGAUGUUACAAAAAUUUGUUGCAAUGGGUGGACAAGCAGCAUUUUUUUCGACAUUUCAAUGGGCAUUAUCUGGUGGUGGUAAAUUUCCAUUAUCAGAAGGUCUUGAACAUCCUGAUUUACCAGAUGGUACUGGUGAAUUUUUAGAUGCUUGGUUAAUGUUACUUGAAAAAAUGGUUAAUCCAAAAGCAAUACUUGAUUCACCACAUGUUGGUGUUGCUAAAAGUACAAGUUAUAAUCCACAUAAAUCAUUUGAUCCAAUUAAAUAUCUUGGUGAUAUACAUAAAAAAACAUUUGAAGCUGUUAUGCUUAUGUGGGGUAAAAAACCAUUAAAAAAUUAUGGUGCAAGAAUGACGGAAUCAAUAUUAUCAAUAUUACGUCAUAUAUUAAAAGGUGAAAAAAUUAUAAAAGAACGUACUGAAUUAGAAAGUGGUACAGUUAAUGAUUCAAGUACAAGUGUUGUAACAACUGGAGGAUUAUCUAGUAGAACAUUGACAUCAUCAUCAACAUCAACAUCAACAGCAGCAACAACAACAGCAACAGUAGCAACGACAACAGUAACACCAAUUUUACCAUUAUCAACAACAACAACAACAGCAACAACAAGAAUUGCUGGUAAUACAUCAACAACUUCAUCACGCGUUGAUGUUGAGCCAGCUGUUAGUCCAGAUUCUCUUCAACAAUUAAUGGAUAUGGGAUUUAGUAGAGAAAAUUGUGUUGAAGCAUUAAUGCAUACACUUACAGUUGAACAAGCAACUGAAUAUUUAUUAUCAAAUAUACAUACAAAUUCAAAUACAACAAGAAGACCUGAUGGUUUAUCUGAUACAAAUUCAACAGUACCACCUGGUAUGGAUUUAGAUUCAGUUGAUGAUCAAAUAAUGUAUGCAAUUGCAAUGUCACUUGGUACUGAUACAAAUUCAUCAUCACCAUCAACAUCAAUAUUAUUAUCAUCAACCCUGACAGAUAAUCAAAGUCAUAAAAAAUUAACAAUACCAGAUGAAGAAGAUGAAAAUGAUGAUUAUGAACAACAGCAACAACCAACUAAAGAUGUAUCAAUUGGACAAAAAAUUGAUGAAUUUACAAAUUCAGCACUUGAACAAUGUUUAAAUCUUCUUGAUUUAAUGCCAGAUACAGUUUAUAGAGUAUGUGAUCUUUUAGUUACAAUAACAAAACGUAAUGGUGAUGAAUGGAGAGAUUCAAUGUUGAAAUAUCUAAUAAAUGAUAUUGGUAAAUAUGUAAAUCAUUUAAUAACAAUUGCUAAAUCAUACAAUGAAAAUAAUGAUGAUGGUGAUAAUGAUGCUGGUAAUAAAUUAGUUGAAUGUGUAGAAGCAACAGCUGUUGCUGGUAGAAUAUAUCUUUAUACAUUAUUUUUUGAGGGUACAUUUCAAGAAAUGCGUGUACCAUGUGCACAAAUUGUCAGUGAAUGUGGUAUACUUGAUAAAUUAGUUGAAUUAUUAGUUAUAAGUGAAGCACCAUUAACAUCAAAAAAAUUAAAUAAAACAAAUAAUAAUGAUAAUAAUAAUAAUAUGAAAAAUAUAUCAAAAACACCAAAAUGGCUUGCACCAUUAUUAUUAUUAAUUGAUCGUCUUGAAAGAGUUGCUGUAUUAACACAACGUAAACAAUUAAUGCAUCAAGUUACAAAUCGUACAUGGAAAUGGUUUGAUUUAGCAACUGGUAAAUGGACACCAUAUACAGCAUCAAAUAAUCGUAUUAUUAAUGAAGCAUAUUGGAAUGGUGAAUCAACAGUACGAAUAACAUGUUCAAGACGUAGAUAUCUUUUGACAUUUUCAUGUAUGACACAAGUUAAUGAAGAAAGUGAUAAUAGACGUCCAAUAACAAUGGAUUUUAAAUUUUUACCAAAUAAUAAUAAAAAAAUAAAUACUGAUAAUGAUAAUAAUGAUUCAAAUACAAAUAUGGAUACUGAGGAUGAAUCUACAAAUCAAGAUGAUAUUAUUAUUAUAAAUAAUAAUAAAAAACUAAAAAAUAAUGAAUGUACUGUUGUUAAAGGAUUAGAUAAAAAUAUUGCACCAAGUAUUGUACGUGCUUGUGUUAAAUUAUUAGCAAUACCAGUUGAUCGUGAUACAUUACAUGCAUUAAUGAAAGUAUGUUUAAGAUUAACACGUGAUUAUAAUAAUGCACAAGUAUUUGCUAAAGAAGGUGGUGUACAAUUAUUAUUAGAUAUGACACAAGCAAGUAGUUUUAUUGGUUCAAUUAGUUUAAGUACAUUAUUAAUACGACAUACACUUGAAGAACCACGUACAUUGGAACUUGCUAUGGAAAAAGUUAUACGUAGUCGUACACAAACAAAUAUACCACCAGCAUAUAAAGAAAUAUUAUUUAUGACUAGACAAAUAAGUUCAGCAGUAUGUAGAAAUCCAGAUGUUUAUCGUCAAGUUUGUCAAAAUAUACUUAGAGUUGAUAUUAGUAUAUUAAAACGUGAUGAUAUUGAUAAUAGACUUGUUGUUAAAGCAUUACCAUUAACAAAUCAUUCAUCAUCAGUUCCAAUGGCUGAAGAUGUAUCAGUAAGUGUUAUACAUGAUUUAUUAAAUGCUCUUAUUAAACCUGUACCAAUAUGUUGUGAUGAUAAUAUUGGUGCUACAUCAUCAUCAACAACAACACCAAUUAAUAAUGAUGCCUGUGAUAAAAAAACAACAACAAAUAAUCUUGGUAUAUCAGCUACAACUAUUUCAACAAAUACUGGAUCAACAACAUCAUCAACAACAACAACAGCAGCAGCUACUCUAUCAUCAUCAUCAUCAUCAUCAUCUUCAUCAAAUCCAAUACCAACAACAACAUCAGUAGCAGCAGCAACAACAACAACAACAACAACUGGUAAUGGACCACUUGAUGAUGAUGAUCAAAUUGUACCAUUAAAAAUGUAUACAGAUUAUAUGAAUAACAAUAAAAUUGAGCCUGAAGAAGCUAAAAAACCACUUUUAGCAAAAUCAGCAGUUUUAAAAAUACUUGCUGAAUCAAUAAGAUCAUAUGGUGCUAUUGCAAAUUUAAUAACUGAACAUACAUAUCGUGCUGGACAAAGUGAAAUGAUUAAUGAAGAUACAACUGCACUUGGAUUUUUAUUAGAUAAAUUACUUCCAGUAUUACCUGAUAAUUCUGGUGAUAGACAAUGUAGUAGUAUGGCACGUAUGGUUAUUGCUGCAAUUGCAUCUUGUAAUCAUUCACCAGAUGCUCAAACAACACUUGUUACUGAAGUUAAAGCAGCAUUAACACGAACACUUGCAUUACCAGAAAGUUCAGAAAAACAUGCACAAUUACAAUUGUUAAUUGGUCUUAUAUCGACAAUGAUUGAUAGUUGUCCACCUACAACAACGACAACAACAACAAAUAAUUCAAAUUCAACAACAUCAUCAUCGACAACAGCAACAACAUCAUCCACAACAACAUCAACAACAACAGCUGCAUCAUCAUCGACAACGACGACAACAACAACCACAGCAACUACAGCAACAGCUACACCAUUAGCAACAACAGCAUCAUCGUCGUCGUCGUCAUCAUCAUCUGGAAUACCACCAACUAGUGGAUCAUCAACUGCAGCAACAGCAGCAACAGCAACAACAACAACAACAACAACAAAUCAAAUAAAAACACCAUUAAAAAUUCAUCAAUUUAAUAAUGUUAAUUAUAUUGUGAGAAUUAUGUUGAGAAAAGGUAUAAUAACUGAUUUAGCAAAAAUACCACACAGUUUAGAUUUAUCAAGUCCAAAUAUGGCUGGUACAAUAAAUGCUGCAUUAAAACCACUUGAAACAUUAUCAAGAAUAAUAAAUCAACCAAUGCCAAAUGCUGCGACAAAUAAAUAUUCAAAACCAAAAAAUAAUCGUACAAUUAAUGAACAACUUCAAACUGGUGAUCAAACUGGCACAACAUCUGAAGCAACACAUGCUGUUGGUGAAGAAACUAAUGAAGAUGCCGAAAAUACUGAACAUGAUAUAUCAUUAAAUGCUGAAAGUUUAGAGCCAACAUCUGAAAGUCAUGUUCAUGAAGAGGGUGAUGAGGCUGCUCUUGAUGAUAUUAUGGAUCAACUUCUUGAGAGUGUUUUAUUUUCUAGAGAUGGCUCGGCAAUUACAGAAGAACCAACAUCACGUUCACAUCGUCCAAUGGACAUUGACGAUGAAAGUUUAGCAAUGAGAGAUGCUGAAGGAGAUUUUACACGAGACACAACUGAGGAUUUAAUGAGUUCAGAUUCAGAUUCAGAUAGUAAUCCUUCAGAUGAUAAUGAAGAUGAUGUACAAGAUGAUGAAGACGAAGAAGAAGAGGGUGAAGAAGAUGAGGAUGGUGAAGAAAAUGAAGAAGAAGAAGAGGAUGAAGAAGAAGGAUCAUCAAAUUAUGAAGAAGAUGGAAUGGAUUACUAUGAAGAUGUUGGUGAAGGUAUAUUUAGAAUGCUUCCAUCAGCUGAAAGAGAUGGUAGUAAUGUUGUAAUGAUACAUAAUUUUGAUAAUCAAGAAAAUAAUGCAGCAAUACCAGCUGGUGUCAAUAGUGGUGGUGGUAGUAAUAAUGGUAGUGGCAGUGGUGGUAUCGGUGGUAUUGGUGGUAUUGGUGGUAUUGGUGGCAUUGGUGGUAGUGCUGGCACUGGUAUUAUUAGUGUUGGUGGUGGUGCUAGUAGUAGUAAUAAUAUUAAUAAUAAUGUUGCUGGUGGUAUUGGUGGUAUUGGUGGUGCUGUUGGAACAACAAGACAAAAUAAUCCUUGGAGUUUUCCAUUACCAUUGGGAUUAUUUGAAGAUUUAUCAAGUAGUGUUGAGAGUAAUGGUAUUGGUUCUCAUCCAUUACUUAUGGCACAAGGAAGUAUUGAUGCUGCUACAAAUCGUAAUCAACGAUCAAUUCGUCAACGUCGUUAUCAAUAUUUACCUCUUGCAAAUUCACGUAAUCCAAAUCCUCCAGUUUUAUUACAACGUUUACUUGUACCAGCAGCUCAAACAUUACCACUUUCAGCAACUCAAAUGCUUGCUUCAAAUUUCCGUGAUACACGUGUUGUUCUUAUGGACAAUAGUCUUGGUAUAUUUGCAAAUCAAGAAGAAGAACAAAUUGAUUUUGUUGAUCAAUCUGGUUAUCUAUUUGGACCAAGUUUAGCAGCAACACUUAAUAACAUUCCAACAGCUCUUCAUUGGUGGAUUGAAGAGAGUAAAUUACUUGAUGGUGAUUCACAGCCUGAUUGUUGUGUUGGUGUUGUUCAUAAAAUAAUACCAGGACUUGAAGAACAUAGAAAUAUUGAAUUGGCUGAAAGAAAAGAAAAACGAAAAAAACAACAAGCUGAAAAAGAUGCUGCAGCUGCUGCAGCUGCUUCUUUGGCAGCAACAACAUCUGCAACUGAUAAUAAAAAUGUAAAUUCACCUUUUGAAAUAUUAACAACAGCAGCAGCAGUAGUGGCAGCAGCAUCAUCAUCAUCAACAUCAACAACAACAACAACAACAACAAAUAUUCAACAACAGCCUUUAUUAGUUAGUGGUGUAUUAACGUCAAAUGAUACAUUGCCAAGUGCUGUUAUUAAUAAUACAAAUGAAAAUAAUAUUAUUAGUGGUAGUGGUGAAAUAACUGGUGCAAUGGAAGUUAGUUUACAAGAUGAUAAUACUAAUAAUAGAGUAUCUUUGCCAUCUACACUACCAGAAGAAUCACCAGGUGGUUCAAAUACAAAUAUACUUGAACUUGCUGAAAGCAUUAUUGAUUCUGUUCUUCAACCAACAACAUCCUCGUUAUCUUCGUCAUCAUCAUCAUCAUCGACGACGACGACAACAACAACAACAACAGCAACAACAACAGCAACUACAACUCCAGCAGUAAUAGAAAAUCGUGAUACAAAUGAAUUAAAUAUUAAUAGACCAAUAAAUUCAAUAUCAAUGUCAUUAUUAAAUGAAUCAACAAACUCAGCGACAACUCAAGAUACUAAUAAUACAACAGCAAAUAAUAAUCGUGAACCAAAUACUUGGGUUCAACAAUUUUUAGCUUUGGAACAAACAAGAAGAGAUAAUGAUACAAAUACAUUAUUAUCACCACCAGUAACAUCAACAUCAACAUCAACGCCAACAACAACAACAACAACAACAGCAGUAAUUGGACAAAUAGAAAUAACAACACCAUCAACACCAACAACAACAACAACAGUACAAAAUGAACAAACGCCAAUUGUAUUACAACAACAGUCAACUGGUGAAGAAACAAGUAAUCAACAAUUGACAUCAAAUCAAGAUAGUAAUAAUAGUAGUAGUAGUAGUAGUAAUAAUAAUAAUAAUACAGCAGAAACACAAUUACCAGAUGGUGUUGAUCCAUCAUUUUUAGCAGCUUUACCUGAAGAAAUGAGAGAUGAAGUUAUUGCUGAACAAUUGAGAUUACAAAGAAUACGUCAACGAGCACAAGCAACAAUAAUUGAAGAAGUUACUGGACCAGUUGAAGUUAAUCCAGAAUUUUUAGCAGCAUUACCACCAGCAAUACAAGAAGAAGUACUUGCACAACAAAGAAUUGAACAACAACGUCAUGCUGCUGCAUCAGCAAAUCCAGCAGAUCCAGUUGAUGCUGCAGCAUUCUUUCAAAAUCUUCAACCAUCAUUGAGACAAGCUAUUUUAACUGAUAUGGAAGAAUCACAAAUGUCAGCAUUACCACCAGAUCUUGCUGAAGAAGCUUGUUGCUUCUGUAUUACAAUUGUAAUUAGUGAUUUAACAAGUGGUAGCAGCAGUAGUAGUAAUUUAAAUUGUGCAGGUGCAAGUGGUAGUAAUACAACAACAACAACAACUUGUGGUAAAUUAAAAAAAAAAGCAUUACAUCCAGCAAUUGAAUAUUGUUCACCAAAAAUAAGUGAUUCAAAAAAUAAUUUACAAUCAUGGUUAAAUAUUAGUAUUGAUGCAGCAUUAGGUUGUCGUGCUAAUGUUUUUCAUAUACUAAAACAUGGUGGUGGUAGUGGUAGUGGUAGUGGUGGUAAAAAAUCAGAUAGACAAGGUAAUAUUAUUGCAAUUCAUCCACAAGCAGCACCAACUGUUUGUCGACAUACACUUGAAUUAUUAAUUAGCUUAGCUAAAAGUUUUCCUGGUUAUUUUGUACCAACAAAAUUAAAAGAAUUACUUGAUUCUGAUAAAACAUCAACAACAAUAAAUAAAGAUAAAGAUAAAGAUAAAGAUGUAGAUAAUAGUAAUACUACUACUACUGCAACUGGUACUAAACCAAAAAUAACAACAAAAACAAAUAAAGUUGAUUCAUUGCCUGAUUUUUGGGAUAUGUUAUUAAAGCUUGAUUCUUGUGCUUCUAAAAAAGGUAAAUCAGUUGCACGUUCACAUUCAAAUACAACAAUGGGCAUUGAAUUAGAACAAAAUUUAACGUCAUUUGAAACAUCAGCAUUUGGUCAAUUAAUAUCAAUGUUAAAUUGGUCUGUUGUUAAAAGAAGCAGUCAAUUAACUGAUAAAUUAUUACGUUUAUUAUCAUUAAUAUCAAUUGGUUUAACUGAAGUUAAUCAAUUUAAACGUCAAGAUAAUAAUAAUCAUCAACAUCAACAUCAACAUCAUAAUCAUCAAAAUAUAAUAACAAAUAAAAAUAAAAAUAAAAAUCCAUUGGAUACAACAAAUAAUAAUAAUAAAGAACAAUAUGUUGCUGCACCAGAAAAACAUUUACGUCUUGCUGUACAAGUAUUAACAAGUAAAAGUUGUUCUGAAGAAGGUCUUGAAGAUGCAACAGCAUUAUUAUUAAAUCUUUCACAUUGUCCAGAUCCAACAAGACAAUUAAUAUUAAAAUUAUUACUUGAAGGUGCAAUGGAACUUGCAAAUAUGGUUUGUGAACAUAUCAAUGAAUUAAUGAAUGAACUUAGAAUAUUAAAUCGUGAAAUACAAAAAAGAAUUUUACUUGAAGAACAGCCAUCAGCAUCAUCAUCAUCAUCAAGUGGUAAUACAACACGUGGUUUAUUACUUGAUAGAUUUACUCAAGAUAAUGUUAUUAUAACAGCACCAUCUAAAAUAAAAACAACAACUGAUUUACAAUUACCAUCAAUGAGUGUACUUGUUAGUAAAACAUCUAGUCAAGCAUUUUUCUUAAGAAUACUUAAAGUUAUUGUACAAAUUAGAGAAGCUGUUUAUUUAGCAAAUAAAAAGAAAAAUGAUGAAUUAACAAGAUUAGCAACAUCAUCAGUACCAGUAGCAGUACCAUCAACAUCAACAUCAACAUCAUCAUCAUCAGCAACAACAACAACAUUAGCAGCAACAACAACUGAUGAACGACCAACAGAAAUAAUUGCAAUGGAUACAUCAAAUAUUGAUGAUGAUAAUAAUGAAGAUGACGAUGAUGAUGACGACGACGAUGAUGAUGAUGAUGAUGAUAAUACAACAGUUGUUAAUAUGGAAACAACAACAAUUAUCACCAAUAAUAAUAUUAAUAAUAAUAAUAAUAAUAAUAAUGGUGAUGAUGAUAUUAAUGUUGCAAGUACAUCAAAUACAAAUACAAAUGUAAAUGCAAAUAAUAAAGAUAAAUCAAAAUUGCCAUUAUUAAGUGAAAGUCUUAUACUUGAUAAUUUAUGGGAAACAUUGAGUGCUUGUUUACUUGAACUUGAAGAUACACCUGAUCAUCAUGCUGUACUUGUACUUCAACCAGCUGUUGAGGCAUUUUUUUUGGUUCAUUCAUCAUCAAGUAGUGCUGCAGCACGUGAUCGUGAACGUGAAAGAGAACGUGAACGUGAUCGUGAUCGUCAACGUAGUAAUCGUCAACGUGAACCAAGUAAUGAUGCAAAUAUUGAUAUAAUACCAUCAGCAAUUGUUAAUGAUAAUAUUAUUGUUGCACCAAUAUCACCAAUACCAUUGGAUAAUGAUGAUGAAGAUGAUGAUAAUGAUAAUAUUGAUAAUAAUGUUACAACAAUACAAAAUGAUGAUACAACAACAACAACAAUUGUACCAACGACAUCAACGACAUCAACGACAACAACAGCAGCAGCAUCAUGGGAUAUAACACCAACACCACAAAAAUCAUUACCAUCUGAUCAAUUGAAAUUUUUAAAAUUUGCUGAAACACAUAGAACAGUAUUAAAUCAAAUACUACGUCAAACAACAACACAUUUAGCUGAUGGUCCAUUUUCAGUAUUGGUUGAUCAUACAAGAGUACUUGAUUUUGAUGUUAAAAGAAGAUAUUUUAGAACAGAAUUAGAACGUAUGGAUGAGGGUAUUAGACGUGAAGAACUUGCUGUACAUGUUAGAAGAAGUCAUGUAUUUGAAGAUUCAUUUAGAGAAUUACAUCGUAGAAAUGCUGAUGAAUGGAAAAAUCGUUUUUAUAUUGUAUUUGAAGGUGAAGAAGGACAAGAUGCUGGUGGUUUAUUAAGAGAAUGGUAUGUUAUAAUAUCACGUGAAAUAUUUAAUCCAAUGUAUGCACUAUUUACUGUUAGUCCUGGUGAUCGUGUAACAUAUAUGAUUAAUUCAUCAUCACAUUGUAAUCCAAAUCAUUUAUGUUAUUACAAAUUUGUUGGACGUGUUAUUGCAAAAGCCAUAUAUGACAAUAAAUUACUUGAAUGCUACUUUACACGUAGUUUUUAUAAGCAUAUACUUGGCAUACUUGUCAAACAUACUGAUAUGGAAAGUGAAGAUUAUAGUUUUUACAAAGGUCUUGUUUAUUUAACUGAACACAAUAUAUCAGAACUUGGCUAUGAAUUAACAUUUUCUGCUGAAGUCAAUGAAUUUGGUGUUAAUGAUGUACGUGAUUUAAUUAAAAAUGGACGUAAUAUUGUUGUUACUGAAGAUACUAAAUUGGAAUACAUAAGACUUGUUUGUCAAAUGAAAAUGACUGGAGCUAUUCGUAAACAAUUAAAUUCAUUUUUAGAAGGUUUUUAUGAUAUUAUACCAAAACGUUUAAUAUCAAUAUUCAAUGAACAAGAACUUGAGCUAUUAAUAAGUGGUUUGCCAAAUGUUGACAUUGAAGAUUUACGUACAAAUACAGAAUAUCACAAAUACAAUCCAACAUCACUUCAGAUACAAUGGUUUUGGCGUGCUUUACGUGGUUUUGAUCAAGCUGACAGAGCUAAAUUUCUUCAAUUUGUUACUGGAACUUCAAAGGUACCUUUACAAGGUUUUGGUGCACUUGAAGGUAUGAAUGGUGUACAAAAGUUUCAAAUUCAUCGUGAUGAUCGUUCAACUGAAAGACUGCCAUCUGCCCAUACAUGCUUCAAUCAACUUGAUUUACCUGUUUAUGAAACGUAUGAUAAACUACGUAGCAAUUUACUCAAGGCAAUUCACGAAUGCAGUGAGGGCUUUGGAUUUGCCUAAAUUUAUGUUGUCAUUAAAUUAAUUAUUAUAUCAUUAUUAUUAUUAUUAUAUAAAUCAAUUGGAAAAACAAAGGAAAAAAAAAAAUAAUUAUUUAAUAAUCGACACGACGAUAUAUAAUAUAUUUCCUUUGUUUAUUUUUUAGUUUUAAUUAUUUUUUUUUCUUUUCUUUUUUUUAUAUCGUUAUUUUAUUUUAUUUUAUUAUCAUUAUUUUCGUAUAUGUAUGAUGAUUGUUCCUAGAGAAUUGUUGAAAUUUAUCAAUAUAUAUAUCACUAUAAUCUCUUAUUUUUGUAUGUAUAGCACACAUACAUUUAACAAAAACACAUUAUAAUAAUUCAUUCAUUAAUUAUAAUACGUAUGUAUAUAUACAAUAUUUUGAUGACAUAUAUACUCAUUGUGAAAUGAAAGGGGGUGCCAAUCAAUCAAUCAGCCAGCCAGCCAGCUAACUAAAUACUAGCAACAACAAUACAAACAUUACAAGUCAAAUGGCAGGAUUAAAAAAAAAAGGGCGCAAUGUUAUUAAAAUGUUAAUUAUCUGAUAUUCAACAUGCAAAGCUUCCCAAAUGUCCAGAGUUUAUUUUAUUGAAUAAAAGUUUAAAUAAAUAAAUAAAAAAAUGAAAAAAAAAAAAAA